AAGCAGGCCAUGAUAUUUAUUUCCAAAUGGUUCUGUCAUUAUAAUCUUACUAAAAUUGACUUUAAAUUCAGUCGUCGCCGAGCCUUUGCUGUGAUCAUGUCGAAUUUGUACAACGAGUUGAAGAACGAGUGGAGCAAGCAUGCCCCCAAUUUGGCCCAUUGCUCCCAUCUGCUAGAUGGUUUCAAACUGGAGCUGGUGAGGUCCAACUUUGGAACUAUCCAAGUGCAAUCGAGUUCCAAGCAAAAGGACCAACUAAUCAAAUCCCGAGAGAUGCUGGAGAUUGCCGUGGAACACAGCAUUACCAUAAGGGACUAUGCCGCCUUUGAGAGAUACAUGGCCCAGUUGAAUACCUACUACUACGACUACGAUAAGUACCUGGAGUCCUCCAAGCACAUGCACAAGUUCAUGGGUCUGAAUCUGCUCUACAUGCUGGCCACCAACCGGAUUGCUGACUUCCACAUCGAACUCGAGCGUCUGCCGUCGGCUUUGCUGCUGCACGAUAACUUCAUCAAUCCCGUUUUGGCCCUGGAGAACUACUACAUGGAGGGCAGAUACAACAAGAUACUGCAGGCCAAGAAGUCCAUGCCCUCGGAGAUCUACUCCAAUUUCAUGGACAUGCUGGUGAACACGGCUCGCGAGGAGAUCGCAUCCUGUAUGGAGAAGUCCUACUUGAAGAUGGCCCACAAGCAGGCUGCCCAGCGCUUGGGACUUCGUCCUGGUUCCAAGGAGCUCUUGGAGCUGGCCAAAAGUCGCCAAUGGCAUCUCGAUGAGGAGGGGAACUACGACUACGCCGGCCUGCAUACCAGGCCAUCGGAGAAGGUGCCUGCCAAGGACAUUGCCACCCAUAAUCUUACCUAUGCCCAGGAGCUGGAGAAAAUUGUUUGAAUUCCUGUUCUAAAUCCCAUCAACCAGAAAAUAAUGUCUAAAAAUUAAACAUUCGACUGAAAUUCAGUAAAUACCGCACCGGAAA